UCGCAGAAAAACGCAUUGGCUGUCUGUUGCGCGCUGAGCACUCAGUCACGCACAUGUGAAAAAAAUGAAGUCUGUGUUUUUGUUCUUUUUCAUCAUUUGGUUGGCAGCUGCGGAGCCCAAACCCCCGAAAGGCUCCGGGGUGGUUUGCACUUUCAAAGACAAGACUUACAGCCCAGGAGAGAGCUGGCAUCCCUACCUGGAGCCGUUUGGAUUCAUGUUCUGCAUGCGCUGCGUUUGCGCAGAGACAGGUCAUGUGAAAUGCAACACAAUCAAAUGUCCAGCCCUGUCAUGUGAAAACCCGGUAACGGAGCCGCAGCGCUGUUGUCCCAGAUGCGCAGAUGAGCCCCGGGUCCCUGCAGGACUGAGGGCUUCUGUGAAAUCCUGCAGGUAUAACGGGACUAUUUACCAGCCAGGAGAGAGCUUCUCUAAACACGAACUCUUCCCAUCAAAGCAAAGCAAUCAGUGCGUUAUGUGCACAUGCUCUAAUGGAAACAUCUUCUGCGCUCUGAAGACUUGCCAACCUAUCAUCUGCUCCGUGCCAGUUUCAGUGGCAGACACCUGCUGUUUGGUGUGUAAAGAUCAUGGCACUAGUGGGUCUUCAUCAACAGAGGAUGGAAACCAGCAACUGAACAGAGGCGUUAGGCAUUCGGUUGACCAGUGCUCUGGAGAGCAGAGCCGGGCGCGACCGGACCGGGCCACUCCACCCAGGCUCAAGGUUUCUCCCCGGGGGGUGAGCCUCAGUAAACUCAACCUCAAAGGUGCUUCGGAGACCACUGUCAAGAUCUUGUUGCAGAGGAAACACCAGAGAGUGUGUUUAUACAACGGAAAGACGUAUUCUCAUGGAGACAUGUGGCAUCCAGUUUUGGGGAAGGUCCUGGAAUGCAUCUUGUGCACUUGUACCGAUGGCAUCCAGGAUUGUAAACGCAUCACGUGCCCCAGCCAGUACCCGUGCCAGCAUCCUCUGAAAUCAGCAGGAAAAUGCUGCAAGACUUGUCCAGAAACCAAAGUUGAAAGUAACAAGACCCAGUGCUAUCUCGGGUAUAAAAAUAACCUCCUGGUGUAUAAAGUAGAAUCAGCUUUGGCAGUUGAUUCACCCGACACGGUUCGGAUCAUCGCUGUUGAAAGACAAAGUACUGCAGAGGUUGAAGUGCAAGUAUGGAACAUCGUAGAAGGUGCGUUACAAAUGAUGGAGAUUGGUGACGUUCAAAGAAAAGACAUCACUGACCAUCAGGAAAACUACGCACUGCUCACAACAAUUGAUGAAGAUAAGUGGAGAAAAUUUAAAGACGAAGGAGAGAAUCUAAGUAAAGCUCCUCAGACAACAGUUUGUGAAGACGGAAUCCGGGAAAUACUGACUUUCCUAAAUCCCAAGCAAACCGAGGGCCUGUGUUCUCCCUAAUAGCCACUCCGUGUAUCAGUUUCCCCCGUAACUCUAUGGCUAACGUACAUACUGUAAUCAGUUCAUGCACUUGUUUUACAUCGAUUUUAUUCAUUCAAAUGGAACAUUAACAUUCGUAAUGUUUUCUUAUCAAGUUUUUGAUCCAUCAUGUUUUAAUCACUGCUUCAGUUUGCAACACAAAACCAGGAGAAGCUGGGAUGUUAUGGAAGAUUUUAAAUUAAAACAACUCUGCUCACUGUAUUAACUAAUUAAAUCAAGUUAAUGGGGAAAAAAAAGCUUGAAAUAUCUGGCUGCCUGAGUUUAAAGGUGACGUCGGUGAAGGAAUUCUUUUUUUUUUUUGUUUAAAUUCUUUUGUGAGUUGGGAGUGAUGCAUUGUCUCAAGUGGAGGAAUUGAAGUACCUUUGUUCACAAGUUUCAAUUUUUCAAUUUCAAUUUUAUUUAUAUAGCGUCUGUUACAACAGAAGUUGUCUCUAGGAUCUUUCCAGAGACCAGAACAUAAACCCCCGAGCAAUUAUUACAUAAACAAUGGCAGGUAAAAACUCCCCUAGUGGGAGAAAAACCUUAACAGUGGCAAGAAAAACUCCCCUUUAGGAGGGAAGAAACCUGGACCAGUACUUGUAUCAUAAGGGGGGAAGAAACCUGGACCAAGGCCUGGAUCAUAAGGGGGACCCUCCUGCUGGCCAGCUGGACAGAGCAGGAAAAGAGAGAACAGACAGAGAGAAUGAAGAACAGAGAAAGGAGAGACACAGACACAAUGGCUAACUGGUGCAGUACAGGGAUAACUAUAGAAGCAGACGUAGACAGCAGACACUGAGGUGGUCAGAGGGGGGGACUGCAGGUCAGCAUGCAGCUCCCGAAGCUCUGGCCUGCAAACAUGCACAGAAGAGAAAGGAGGGGGGGUGGUUGGGCAGACCAGCACAACACAACACACAACUACAAGAACAAUGGAGGAAAAAUGAUGGCUAUGAGAUACUUCUAAUUAAUAACUGAGAAAGGAAAGAGAAGGAGGGGUGAUGGACACCGCUCAGUGUAUGUUGGAGUCUCCCUGUAGCGUAGCUCUAUAGCAGCGUAGCUCUAUAGCAGCGUUGCUCUAUAGCAGCAUAUCUAGGAUGAAGCUUUGUUUCAGACCAGCUGCUCUAGUCUGGUCCUGCAGCUGCAGCUACGACUACUGGCCCUAAACCACUAGAGUUUACACUACUAUAGGCUAUACCAGUGGUACUCAACCUUUUUUCAGUGAUGUACCCCCUGUGAAAUAUUUUUUCAGCCAAGUACCCCCUAACCAGCGCAAAGCACUUUUGGUUGUAAAAAAAAAACCUAAAACAGAGCACUGUGCCAUCAGUAACUGAUUUAUUAAACAUAAAAAUAUUGCUGCUACGCUUCAACCACGACUCCAUCGUUGGUCCAGGUGAUUGACAGGUGAAGCCAGGUGAUUGACAGGUUAGGUGGAACCAUCCUGGUGUGGGGGAUACUCUGCUGUUUUAGGAUAAUAAGUUGAAUAGCCUACUCCUGAAGAUAAAAUUAAUUUUUAUAAAUUUAGACUUAUAUUUUCCUCAAUUAUUUAUGAAAUAAUUAUUUUUAAAGGAUUUUUGCAUGGAUGCUACUUUUUAAAUAUAUGUAUAUUUUAAAAUCUCACAUACCCCCUGGAGUGCCUUCACGUACCCCCAGGGGUACGCAUAAACCCAUUUGAGAACCACUGGGCUAUACUAUAUACUACAUAUACUAUAUACUAUAACUAUAGGCUUUACUAAACAGAAAGGGUUUCAGUUUGGUUUUAAAGGUGGAGGUGGUGUCAGCCUCCUUAACACAGAUUGGAAGUUGGUUCCAUAGUAAUCGUUCCUGAUAGCAGAACACCCGCCCUCCAAAUCUACAUUUGGAUAGUCUAGGAACUACGAGUAAACCUGCACUCUGAGAACGGAGAGCUCUGCCAGGAACAUAAGGCACUAUCCGUGCCGUUUUGGGUUUAUAUGCAAGUAAUACAAUUUUGAAUAGGAUCUUUGUGAUAUUACGGAGAUGGAAAAAUGCUCUUUUACAAACCUGAUUAAUAUAUGGUUUAAACGACAAAUCCUGAUCGAAAACAACACCAAGGUUUCUCACAGUUGCACUGGAAGCCAUCGCAACACCAUCUAAUCCCUUCCUAAAGUGUUUGGGACCAAAAAUGAUAACCUCUGUUUUAUCAGAAUUUAGAAGCAAAAUAUGAACGGACAUCCAGACCUCGAUGUCCCUAAGACAUGUAUGAAGUUUAGCUUCUUCUUCUUCGUGUCUGGCCGUCCUCUAUAUCAUGUCCUUCCAAUGGGUGGCGCAGGCGAGUGCAGCGGCGUUGGGUUCGGCCAGGUCAUCUCUAGUACAUUGUGGGGCAGAUAUGCAUCUUACGAUAUGGUCCAUUGUUUGUGGUUCCCCACACACGCGUGUGUGGGGAAGUUUAGCUAACGGUUCUGUUUCAUCUGGUUGGGGUCCAGGAUGGACUUUAUACUGAAGCAUCCAGAAGCCACUAUUCAAAACAACCAAUAUAGCUGCAGAAUUACUAAUUACAGCCUUAAUCAAAAAGUUUUUUUUUGUUCAGAAAUCAACAACAAUCGUUCACUGGCAUUCCUGCUCUGCAGCACACCAUUUUGGAUGUCUUUAGUUGAGUACUGUACUAGUCUGGUUGUAACUUUGUCUCGGACUUAUGCUUGGUUACAUGCCUAUUUCACGGCAUCCAGAGUCAGUUUUUUCUGUGUCUGUUGGUACUGCACCCUGGCAGUCAAAGCUGGAUUCAAUCAAAGUUGAAUCCAGAGACUAAUUCUUUUUAGGAUUACUGGUCCAGCUAGAUGACGAAUCUAGUACCCCUCUAAAUUUUAGUAAACAAGACUGUGCAGACUGUAACAUUGUUCUGAAGGUUUAUUCAGUGAUUAAAUUGGGGGAUCAGUCUUUUUUAUUUUAAACAAAGUCUUUGGGUAACUAUGUGACAGUAAUUUGUAUUUUUCGAAGAUGCUGUGAAAGGGGCUGCAUUUUUUGUGAAGAAUGUAUACAUUUUUUGUUUAAGAAGUGAUCUGCAUCAACAUACUUAUUGUAAAUACAAGUUGUGGUUUGUCACUUUAUUUAAAAUGUAUUGCUUAUUGAAUGAUCCCUAUGUAUACAUUUGAUUGAAUGAUUUCUUUUUCCUUUCCAUGAAGAAGCAACUAGGACUAUGUGUAAACACAGCAAUUUCACAACUCUCACAUUUCUUUUAGAGAAAAGCUCGCCUAAGUCCUCCUUAUUAUGCCAAGUGUAGACCCACUGUUGCUGUUUCAUACUCUGAUAUUUUACAACUUUAUAUAUUUUCAGUAUUGGUAUGUUACAGUGGAGUUGGUCUGACUGAAUGCACUCUGUGUUUCCUGAUGUUUCACAUGAUUAAAAUACAGUA